GGGCUGCUCUGUUUUUGAUUUCUGUUCCCUCGCUGAAUUUCAAUUCCAACUCUCUGAGUUACCGACGCGAUCCCCUUCCCAUCCAGUGGCCUUUUUCGCCAUGAACCAUAGUCUUGAGGUCUUUGAUUUCAAGGAAGAGGACGAGCUGCCGGAAUCCGCAGCCGAUAAACUCUUGAGCAAAUUCAAGAACCCUAAUGUUGACGAUUCCACCGUUUUGAAGUGUGAAUUUCUUGUUGCGCAAAGUUCUGCUGUGCAGAGAAUGGAAAUUGAUGAUGUGCCUUGUGUAGACAAUGAUAAAAUUGAUUGUGAUAAUAACUGUGUUCAGCGUCACUGUGUGCCACAAAGUGCAGGGGAAGAUGAUUUUGCCUCUAAGGAAGGAGAAUCUGGGUUGCAUGUUUUCUCACUGUCAAAGUCUACAAGUUAUGAGCAACAUGUUGAUUUAGAUAAAGAUAACUAUGAAUCUAGAGGUUCCUUUCCUAAAUUGGAGUUAGGAGAUUCAUUUGCUGACGCACCUUUACCUUGGAGAAGCAAACUUAUCUGUAAUCCUACAGAUUCUCCACCCAGUUAUGAGUCAGCUGAUGCACCCUCAGAUGCUAAUGAAAGCAUGUGUGAAAGUUCAUCUUCAUGUCCUGCUUCUGAUGUAGCAGAGGAUGAGGUUUCAUUGCAUUGCAACAUGUCCAACCAUUGCUUUGGAAAUGUGGUUCUGGAUGAUGUAAACAAUACAGUCAGUAUAUAUCCUGAUUAUGUAUUGUAUCAUGAUAACUAUUGGACGGGAUUAGAGGUGAUUUUUUCCCAUGGUGGCAUCAAAAUUGAGGGCUCAAGUGCAUGUGAUAAUGGGGAAACCUUCAGUUUUGAAAGGGGAAUUGAUGAUAUUGUUGCUAUUGAGUGUCAGUGGUCUCAAAGGAUGGGAUACGUAGUGGCUAAGCUACAAAUCUUGUCAAAGGAAGUUGUAGAAGGGGAAAAUUCUAGUGGCACUUCAGGCAUCCAGGAAGUAAAAUUUUCAGUUUUUGAGCCCAACUGGUCUGAGAAACAGGAAGCAAUCACCUCAUUAAAUAUAAGGUUCAUGGCUAUAUGGGAUUUUGUGCUUGACCUGCAGGCAGGAUUGGAUGAACAUGAUUUACUUGGACAUAAACACUAUUUUCCCAACUUUGAGGAGCCUUUUGAAGAGGUUAUCUAUCCAAAAGGGGAUUCUGAUGCAGUUUCCAUCAGCAAGAGGGAUGUUGACCUGUUGCAGCCCGAGACAUUCGUCAAUGACACAAUUAUUGACUUUUACAUAAACUAUCUGAAGAAUCAGAUUCCACUUGAGGAUAGGCAGAGGCUUCACUUUUUUAACAGUUUUUUCUUUCGAAAGCUUGCUGAUCUCGACAAAGAUCCCUCCAGUAUUUCUGAUGGGAGGGCUGCUUUCUUACGUGUUCAUAAAUGGACUAGGAAGGUGGAUAUAUUUGGAAAAGAUUACAUUUUUAUCCCUGUAAACUUCAAUCUCCACUGGAGUUUGAUAGUCAUAUGCCAUCCUGGUGAGGUGGCUGGUAUCAAAGAUGAAGACUUGGAAAAGUCAUCAAACGUACCUUGCAUACUGCACAUGGACUCCAUCAGAGGUAGCCAUGCAGGUCUAAAAAAUCUUUUUCAAAGUUACUUGUCGGAAGAGUGGAAAGGAAGGCACAAGGAGACAUCAGAAGAUAUUUCUUCAAGAUUCUUGAAUUUGCGAUUUGUCUCACUUGAGCUGCCACAGCAGGAGAAUUCAUUUGAUUGCGGCCUAUUCUUGCUCCAUUAUCUGGAGCUCUUUUUAGCAGAAGCUCCUACCAACUUCAGUCCUUUCAAAAUAACCAAAUUCUCUAACUUUCUUAAUGUUGAUUGGUUUCCACCUACUGAAGCAUCUCUUAAGCGCACUCUUAUCCAGCGGUUAAUUUUUGAACUCUUAGAAACUCGUCGUGAGGAGAUCACUUCAUCUGAAUGCAGUGAUGAACAACGGUCUUCUAAAUUUCAGGAGAAGAACGACACUGAAACUGGUGUGCAACUUCUUUCAGAGAGAUGCAGUCGAGAAAUAGCAUGUCAUGGCAACUCACCAAAUUCUCAAGCUGGCCAUGGAAUUGAAAUGACCCUAUUAGAAGCAUCAUCUAUGAGAAAUUUGCAUUGCGAUAAUGAUUCUGGCAUGGUUCUUAGGGAGUUCUUUGAGCCAGGAGCUGCUUCAGGAGCUUUGCUUGGACAGUAUCAAUCUUUUGACCAGCAAUCCUCCUAUUAUCAUUUGAAUGGUGCCAUAUCAUCAGAAGAGCAAGAUGUAGAAGCUGGUGCAGAAUUUGGUUACAUUGCUCCUCGGGAAAACAAUUAUCAGCAGCUCUCUGGAACUGCAGAACAAGGUUGUGCAGUCCCAUACUCUUCUAGAAGUCUCAUGAUGGACACUUCAUGGAACCUGGGAAAUUCCAUUCAAGGAGGAUAUGAUAUCUACACAUCUACCGGAACAUCCUGUGCCUCUGAAGAUGAUGAUGACGAUGAUGUUGGGAUAAUUGAAAAUAGACCGGGGGGGGAAUUGGCACUGAGUGAAAGAGACAAUGUAGAUUGGCAAAGAUCUCCAUCGGUGGAAAAUGUUGAGUGCAAGACUGAAGGCGUUGCUUCAGCUGCUGGUGAGGUGGUGGAGAUUGGUGGCACUGAAGCUUAUGUGGAUGCUGAGAGGAUGCAAAAUGGCAAUGAGGAGAAUGGUGACCUUCUGCCAUCUGAAGAGAAUCCAACCUUGUUGCUGCAACAAGACCCUAGCAGCAGGGCAGUGAACCAGUUGGGUCCAGACUCUGAAAUGGUGAUCUUGACUUGUUGUACAGAAGCUUCUGAGGAUGCUGAUGUGAUCCAAAAUGGCAAUGAAAAGGACAAAGACCUUACACCCUCAGAACAAAGUCAAGGCCUUACACCCUCAGAACAAAGUCAAGGCCUUCCACCCUCAGAACGAAGUCAAGACCUUCCACCCUCAGAACAAAGUCAAGACCUUCCACCCUCAGAACAAAGUCCAACUGGGUUGCUGCAAGAAGACCCUGGUAUGACAGUGAACCGGUUGGAUCAAGAUUCUGAUUUGGUGGAAAACAAGGAGGCCAUGUGUGAUGAUGAUACACAAAUGCUUGAAGAUGAUCUCUUGGCCAAACCAGAUGUGCAGCUACCCAUAAAAAGGACUCAGCCUAUGUCUCUCCAUGAGGAGGAAGUGGAAUCACAAAAUCCUGGUACGACAGUGAAACAGUUGGAUCAAGACUCUGAGAUGUUGAAAAACAAGGAGGCUAGCUACAAUGAUAUGAAAAUGAAUGCAGAUGGUCUCUUGGCCAAACCAGAUGAGCAGCCCCCUGCCAAAAAGAUUCGACUUUUGUCUCCUGAUGAAGGAAAAGUGGAUUCACAUGAAACAUAAUGUUGACCAUCUGUUCUUUUGGAAGUAGACACACUGGAUGUGUUCUCCCUUAAAACUUACAUGUAGUGGAAAUCCAGAUCUCAGUAGCUAUUUUUGUGCCAGGCUGUGAAUAGGGUUUGCGGUAGUAUGUUCUUAACUGUGAUUAGUCAUUGGAUGUAGCAGCAGUAGGAGAAAUUGUUUGGAUAGUUGUCUUCAUGAUUUAGAACAUGAACAUCAAGGAGUUCUGGGGAGAAAAAAGUAAUAGUAUGAAAUAUGAAUUCAUUGAAAAAGGAAACUAACAUUGUUAACAUGUGAGUUAACCCAACAGCAGUAGUUUUCCGCUUGAAUCCUGAAA